UUAUUAUCGAAACAAACAUGGCAGCUUACUGUUGCUGCACACUGUUCGAAGGUUGUAGUUAAUUUGAAAGGUUGUCACAGAAAUACAGUCAACAUGCUCAGCCUGACGAUAAGGGAGGUGUCUUUGGCGCUCAGGGAAGGACGGAUCUCCCCAACAGAGCUUUGUAGGAGGUGUCUGAACCGCAUCAAGAAAACUCGACAUCUUAAUGCUUACCUCACUGUAACAGAGGAGUUGGCGCUGAAGCAGGCUCAAGAAGCAGAAGCCAGACUUUUGCAAGGUGUCCCCAAAGGUCCUCUGGAUGGAAUCCCCUUUGCAGUCAAGGAUAACUUCUGCACAGAGAAUAUCAAGACCACAUGUGCUUCCAGAAUGCUCAGAGACUACACUCCACCUUACAAUGCUACAGUGGUCCAGAGGCUCCUGGACCAAGGUGCAGUUCUGGUGGGAAAGACCAACAUGGAUGAAUUUGCUAUGGGUGCAGGGAGUACCGAUGGAGCUUUCGGUCCAGUAAAGAAUCCCUGGAGCUAUGCUGCUCCUUACAGAGAGCAGACAGGGGCAGAACCAGACUCUGACUGGGUCAUCACUGGAGGAAGUUCAGGAGGAAGUGCAGCAGCUGUAGCCUCACUCACCAGCUACCUGGCUUUAGGUUCAGACACAGGUGGUUCCACUCGUAACCCAGGAGCACUGUGUGGUGUGGUGGCCCUGAAACCGACCUACGGCCUCCUGUCCAGACAUGGUCUCAUUCCUCUGGUCAACUCCAUGGACGUCCCCGGCAUUUUGACCCGCAGUGUCAGUGAUGCAGCCACCAUCUUAGGUAUCCUCCAAGGCCUUGAUGUUAAAGACUCAACAACAAUCCCUGCCCCUUCAUCCCUGACAGAGCUACCUGAAGACUUUGAUGUCAAGAAUAUGUGUAUAGGCAUCCCUAAGGAGUACCACGCCCCAGGGCUCUCUGAGGAAGUUAUAGCUCAGUGGAGUCGUGUUGCUGACAUGUUUGAGAGAGCAGGGGCGAGGGUGGAGCAAGUCUCCCUCCCCCACACCCAGUACUCCAUUGUGUGCUACCACGUUCUGUGCCACGCUGAAGUGGCAUCUAACAUGGCCCGUUUUGACGGCCUCGAGUAUGGCCACCGUAGCGAGGUGAACAGCUCAACAGAGGCCAUGUAUGCUUCAACCCGACAUGAGGGCUUCAAUGACGUAGUGAGAGGGAGGAUUCUGUCGGGAAACUACUUCCUGCUUAAACAGAACUACCAGCACUACUUUGUAAAGGCCCAGAAAGUCCGCCGGCUCAUAGCAGAUGAUUUCAAGCAUGUGUUCAGCUCAGGUGUUGACGUGCUGCUGACACCCACCACUCUGACUGAUGCAGCCCGUUACUCCGACUUCACACAGGAAGACAACCGGACACGCAGCGCGCAGGAAGACAUCUUCACCCAGCCUGUCAACAUGGCAGGUAUCCCCGCUGUUUCAGUUCCAACCGCAUUAUCAAGACGAGGCCUUCCCAUUGGCUUACAGCUCAUUGGCCCUGCCAUCCAAGACAAGAAGCUGCUCAGUGUCGCACAAUGGAUUGAGCAGAGGGUUGGGUUUCCCGCCAUCAGUCAGUACAGGAAUGACACAAGAAUGAUUCGAAAGGGAGCAGACUUCAGCUGUAUGAAGAGAACUGUAGACACAAGGAACCAACUGCUGACAAAGUCACUAAUUACAGGCACACAUAAUGGACUUAAAGUUUAACCAUCAUGAACAUUCUUUGCUUGUAAGAUGCCUUUUUAGGAUGUUUUCAGUGGGGUAAUCUCCAUCAAUCACAUGCUAUGAUAGCUCAAAGUUUCCUUGAUGGAAUUCAAAUAAUUACACCAUGUGAAAACCUCAGUUUUGGCAGGGACAUGGUCUUUAACCUGUCAAAUGCUGCUGCAUUUGUUGUCUGAAUAUGCUACUGUUGCUAUUGAAUAAAUGCAAGUUGGGUGAUUUA